GUUAAACACAGAUUUCCAGGACCCGCUUUCAUCAACACGAGAGUGGAAAUGCAACAUGUAACUGUUUAAUAGCUCAUCAUUGUUUUUUUUCUAGUUAGUGUUUGAUGCUUUGUCAGUCUCUGGAUUCAGCGGCUAAGGCUUUUUUCAGCAACAGGUAGUAGUAAAGAACACAGAGAUGAAAUCCAAAAAGAAGAGGAGACAGGAUGACUUCCAAAAAGUCAAGUUAAAGGUGGGAAAGAAAAAGCCCAGAGCUGAUAAUGCCACCAACACAAGUUUCCGCACCAAAGGAAUCCAUUUACCUGAACAGCUGAAGAGAGACUCCAAUGGUCCCACCACACAUCGACAGCUCGGCAUAAAUGACCUUCUAUCGCAGCUGCACCAUUACAACGCCAAUGUCAAACAAAGUGCCUUACUGGGUUUAAGAGAGCUAUUGUCCUUUAAUCCUUCUGUGUUAGACCAGCACCUCUCUCGUUUGCUUUCUGAAGUUGCAGCUGUUUUUGCAGACAAGGAAGGUAAUGUUCGUGCGGCAGCGACACGCGUUCUCAGGUUUAUUGCACAAUCUGUGCCGGCAGAACGAGUGGCUCCAUUUUUCCCUCUCCUUAGUGCUCACCUGUCUUGUGCUAUGACCCACAUUGAAACAGGCAUCCAGGAGGAUGCCAUGAAGGUCCUUGAUGUGUUGCUGGAUCACUACCCAGGGCUGCUAGCAGCACGGCCUGGUGUACUCCUCACUAACUUCCUGGAGAUGAUUUCUCACAGACAAAGCAGUGGAGCAGCUAGAAAGGCUCAGGCUGCCAAAGCGCGCACCUGGGUACUGUCAGUCAACCUUAAUAGGGCUGUGACAAGUCAACAGUGGCGCCUCUCUGUGCUCCUCAGACUUGGAAGCUUUCUGCAGGCAGUUGUUGAGGAAAGACCAGCAGAGGAAGUUGAUGCAGCUUCCUCAACUGAAGGAGUAUUUGGUUCCACUGGAGGGGGCCAUGUAACACCCUGGUCCCUGAACUGGGAAGAGCUCACUUACAGCAAGGAAGGGGUUAAGGUGUAUGAGCAUUCUGGGGCCAAGCCAACUCCACAUUCUACCUUUAGACUCAGACCAGAGGCAGAUCCAGUAGUUGCAGUAGAUGAGUCACUCAACUCAGCUGAGGCUGUUCAGAACUUUGCAGCGACACUGGUACCACUUCUUCUGGAAGUAUGGGUAGAAACUAGUACCAGUGAAUCUCCGUGGAGCAGCACAGAGGGUGCUCACCUGCUCACUUCGGAUGCCAUGUCUGUAAUGUUCCAGGUCUUGUCUAUUCUGCAGCUGCUUAGUAAACUGGCACCCCAGCAGGAUCACCAGGAUGCACUGGAUGCAUGGUUCUGUAAGGAACACUUGGGAGAUUUUAAGCAGCACUUUAUGAAGAAUUUUCCUUAUGGUGCUCAGGAUGCUCCCAAACCCAAGAAAAAGCCUGAUCUCAAAAGGAGCAAACAGAAUGCAGUUGUCCCAGCACUAACAGUGGAACCUCUGGCACUAAACAUCACCCUUUGCCACGUCAUGGUGUCCCUCUGUCAGAGGCAGGGGCUUGGCCGAGAGACAGAUGGAGACUGGCUGACUCCCUUGAGGACAUUUGUCAAAGACACUCUGAGUAAAGGUGUAAAAGUGACCUACAGACAGCUCCAUAUGUUGCUGGGGACUGUGUGGAAGAUGGUGCUUACAGAGAAGAGCAGCAAAACAGUGACAGAAGACCUGUUGGCAGCAGUGUAUGUCUAUUAUCAGCAGAGACACUUGAAUCUACAGACAAGGUCUCUGCUCCUGUCUUUCUACAGCAAGCUCUACCUGCAGGAACAAGGACAUACACACAUAGCCAGGAGUAAGGUGCUGUCUCAGUGGUUGGCAUCUCUCCCUGUGCAGUUGUCCCAAUUGGGCCACCGUAACCCUCCUCUUUCUGCACAACUUAUUCUGUCCAUUCAGUCCGCUGCUUCUCGGGGCAACAAAGACCUGCUCAGCAGUCUGCAGUCGCUCGCCUGCAAGCUCUAUGAUCCACAGGAAGGAGUUGUUGUGUUGUUGCCACCAGAGUCCCAGCAACGAAUGGUGCAGCUGCUCUACUUCCUACCCAAGAUGCCCCCUUCACUUCUGGCCAAUCUGAGCGGCUGCUGCAGUGCUGGGCGCAUCUCUGCUAGCCUCGCUGCUUCUAUGAUUCGUAUCAUACAGUUUAGGUCUUCUCUGAGCGGAUGGUCAGUCGGAAGCCAGGAAGCGGCACUGCCUGAUGUGGACUAUAUCAGUUUUCUGUUUUCGACCCUGACAGGCUUCUCCUUGGAAAAGCUCGCCUCACUGCAGGAGGCCAGAGAUGAGGUCGUCCUGCCUCCCUCUGCUCUCUCGCCCCUCAGCCUCUAUCCCACCCUGCUGGAGCAGUUCACACACCACUGGGAUGUGGUUGAGGAAGUGUGUCACUGCCUGGAGACUCUAGGUUCACCUUCCCAGUGUUUUGACAUUUUACAAAACGGCAUUUGUAAAUACCUGACAAAGUUGGCUGUUGUUCCUGACAGUAUGGCCGCCGGGCUGCUGAGGGCUGUGUCCAGAUUACUGGACCUCUCCGUCCUGCCUGUUGACGCCGUGCUGCGCUUCCUGUCUCAGUGCUGCCUCAGCCUGCUGACUCUGCUCCUCACCCUGCAGCAGGAGGCACCUGCCGACACCAACCACAAAAGGGAGGCGGUAUGGGAUGCGUGUGUGGCAGCACUGAGCGCUGUCCCCCGCAUGCUGCGGAUGGUUCUACAGAUGUUGCGUGUUGCAGAUAUGAGUGAAGAGGAGUUGCCACAGCUGGGACAGAUCCUGUCAAUGUUGCUGCAGCACACGCCGCUACACAGCCAGCUGCUGGCGAACACCGCGCUGCUGCAGGAGCUCAUACAGCAACUCACGAGGUUCUCUCGCGGUGCGACGAGGGAGCAGUGGCUGACAGAUUUGCUCUACUGUUACAGUGUCACUAUAGCUCAUGGAUCAUCCACUCACCGUGCAAACCUGGGCGUCCGGGACAUGUACUGACAAACCCGUGAUGCUCGGUUUUGUUUUAUUUUACUUAGACAAACAAAGGAGACACUCUUAAAGCACAGUAACAACACGUACAUUCACCAAAAAGUAUUGUGUGCUGAGUAUUUGUCAUUUUUAACAUCAUUGCCCUUUAUUCUAUCUGAACCUGCCUUUCUUUUGUUUUUUUUUAAAUAUAUGUUUCUCUUACCUUUCCUGAGUAUUAUUAUUGCCAAAUGUUCCAGUGUUUACUGUGUUACUUGGCAGCUUUUGGUUUAACAGAAAAA